AGGCCGCAGUCGUAGACAAAAAAAGAGAGGCAAGGAAUACAGCAUGAUCGAGUGUUGUUGAUCCAAAUUGAUGCAUAGUAGAGCGAUAGAAUUGACUCCCCCUAAUCGAUCCCUCUAUUUCCCUUCUUUCUCGUCUUCCAGGCAUUGAUUUCUUGUGAUUUUGACCCUUGUUGGUCUUCCGCAUGCAUUGACGUUGUUUUCGUACUAGUACUAGGUAUCGACUACUUGCUAGUAGCUUGACAUUGAUAUUUCUUUUCGUUGUUUGUGUUUUCUGUGGACGUUGUUGCUGUUCGAUCUUUCUUUCGCGUUUCGUGGUCUUCUAAAACACCUGAACCUGUAUACUCACAAACGCAAAAAACAAAAAAUGGAUCCGGAUCCGAUUGGUCGUUCUCUCACCAAGCUCAACCAUGUCGCAAAGCGUGGUGUCAGCGCACCUCCGAAAACGUUGAUUCCGAUCGGGGCUUACAACAAUUUGCCUCCGAAGCCGAAGACGCAGAAGAUUAUGCAUCGGCAAGUCAGUUUCUCCCAUCCCUCGGUGCACGUGAGUCCGAGCCCUAAAUACAGCCAAUGGCCAGACGGUCUGAUUCGAAAGUUAGACCUAAAACGAAAUGAACAAGAUAAUAUCAGAGGGUACUAGUACUUCUGAAUCUGAAUUUUUUAGCUACUUAUUCACGUUUCUUUGGUAGAUAGUUAGAUUGUCUUUUUCAUUGUCGUUGUUUUAAGUAGUUUGUGAUCUUCAUCUCUCUGGUUUCUCGAGGAAGGGAACUCGAAUCGCAAUCGCUGGUGCAGCGUGCAUAAUGAUAAGUAAAAAAGACUUGCUUCAGAAGGUAUUCUUCUCUCUGCUUCUGCUAAUAGCACUCUCUUUGCACCUACUUCUAUGCCAUCUUGUUCAACAAACUUUUUUACAGGUAUUGCCUGGAGGAAAUCCGCGAGGACAACGUGAUUCCAGGUCGUGCCGAUCCUUGGUCUUUGCCCAAGGCAGGGAGUCCUGGCAAUCUCUACUCCGGUUACGGCAAUAACCGGAAGAUGUUCAACAAUGUCAGGGCUAGAGGGGAUUAACAAUGUCCGUGCUAAAGGGGAUAAAGAAGACUUCGGACGGGCUAAAGGGGAUUAAGAUUUUCAUCCGUACUUGGAGGACAAGCUGCUUUUGGAUGAAGAAGAUUUCGGACAGGCUAGAGGGGAUCCAGAAUUUGACGCUGCAAAUUUGUAAUCAUUGCUCUACUCACCGCGUUUAAUCGAUAAUUAAGGACAAAAGAUAAAGACAAUAACGAGAGAGCAGGAGGCUGAAGAAUCGGAAUCAAAAUGUCGAAGAUUUUCUAUCUAAAAAAACCCAUCAGUGCCGCGAACGCUUUUAGGUAGAAGUAAGUUUUAAAUAGUUAGACUUAGAUGAAGAUUAGGUACUAGAGGUGAGAGUGCUCACCAAAACCAAUGACGACGUAUUGAUUACAUGAACAAGGAGUGAAGAAAAUUUGUUUUCGAGCAGAAACGUGCUUGAUCUUGGAGUGUGAUCAUGAAACCUCAUGGUUGAGGCGAAUCAAAUUGAUGUGGAAUGUCAUUAAUCGACUAUGAAUAUGAAUCAUCUGAUGAACAAUAAUUCGUAGUCGGUCCCCAAGAAAAAGAGCCUGAAUCGGGACAAGUGCCGGCUGUUGAAAUUGUAAGCUACAAGCUAGCUGCAUAAUCAGGUCUUUUAUUGACGCCAGUCGCUGGACAGUGCUAUUGUUGAGCUGCGAAGUUCUUUGUUGCUAAGUGUAGGUGGAUUUUCUUCAUAUCGGUAUGGAGCUAGAAGUAGAAGACCAUGAUAUGCCCACAAUAUGAUCG